GUGUUGUAUUUUGCAAAAAGUGCCGAAAUAACCGGAGUUCGUUCAGAGACCAUUUCUGUGCCGCAGGAAAUCAAAGCGGUUCAGCUGUGGAAGGAGAUAGAGACCCUACACCCUGGAUUGGCUGAUGUUAGAAAUCAGGUGAUAUUUGCUGUUCGUCAAGAGUAUGUCGAGCUUGGAGAUCAGCAACUCCUGCUUCAGCCCGGAGAUGAAAUUGCCAUUAUCCCCCCAAUUAGCGGAGGAUAGUACAUCGGAGCUAUCUAGGAAAGAGGUGGAUGAGGUUGAAGAGAAGCCUAAAGACAUAAUACAGUUCACUGACAAGCAGCUCUCAGUGGAUGAAGUCUCACAGUUGGUGAUCUCCCCGCUGUGUGGUGCGGUGUCACUCUUUGUGGGGACUACAAGAAAUAACUUUGAAGGCAAAAAAGUUACUAGUUUAGAAUAUGAAGCAUAUAUACCGAUGGCAGAAAAUGAAAUCAGAAAAAUUUGUAAUGACAUUAGGCAGAAAUGGCCAGUCCGACACAUAGCGGUGUUCCAUCGACUUGGUUUGGUUCCUGUGACAGAAGCCAGCACAGUUAUUGCUGUGUCCUCGGCUCACAGAGCCGCGUCCCUCGAAGCUGUGAGCUAUGCCAUCGACUCUUUAAAAGCCAAGGUGCCCAUAUGGAAAAAGGAAAUCUACGAAGAAUCAGCAUCAUCUUGGAAAAGAAACAAAGAAUGCUUCUGGGCAGCUGGUGAUUAGUCCCUUCAUUUUUGGUGCACCAAGUCUUGAACGUGGUAAACCAUCUCUUAGGUCACAUAAGUGGAGGAAAAGCAGAAUGCAUGAGUGUGUGGGAUGAGGGGCUGCCUAGGAACUGAAGAUGGGAAGAAAUGGCUUAAUUUAAAUAUGAGAUAAGGUGUCUGCUCGACCAUCCUGCUGUGCCUUACUCCUAAUUGUAGCCAGCUCAUGAUGAGUUGUGGCCUUCCUUUUAUGGUCAGCUGUCCCAGGAAGAACCCCUGUCUCACAGUGUAUUGACAGCAUCAUUGUCAGGCAUGUAUUAGAAAAAUUUGGCAGGAUUAGAAAGUCAUCUGUUUUGAUAUAUAUUUUAUGUAACUUAAAAAUGAAACUAAAUAAAUCAUGAUUUAAACAGCUUAAAAGUAGAUCCCGUUUGUUUAUAGUCAGUGAUAAUACCUAAGGAAUUUUAUAUUAGAGACCGCUAUGACUUCAGAAUCUAUAAUUAUACAAUAAAGCUUUUUAUAGUUCAUGAGUUACCAGUAUCCUUAUGACUGUACAAAUUAUUAUAAAAUUGUUCCAAAAUUAGCAGCAAGGUGGUUUGUGUUAAAAUGGUGUCUGAUGUUUAAAAGUUGGCCCACAGCUAUUUAGAGAGAUUAUAUAAUUAUUUAUUAAAGUAAUUUGAAUAGUUUUCAUAAUGUUAAUGUAACAUUACCCGGUGUGAAGUUAUUACUAAACAAAUUAAAUUUUCUGCAUAUUUUUAUACCAAACAUCCAGUUUUUGGUUGGUCACUAUAUCAUGGCAGGUUUGAGUGCAAAAGUCCCAUGCAAUUUGUUCUGAAAUUUUUUUUGGCUAUAUUGACAUAUGUUUGACAAGUAAAAUCUAUUUAAAUUCUAUAAUGUGAUAUUGAUAUGCUUGUGUUAUAAUGUGAUCAUCACAACCCAGAUGAAUAACACAUCUGUCGCUUCAUAUAGGUUCAGUGGGGAACUUAAGGUGCAUUCUGAGCUCAUAAAGAAUGAAAAUACCAGCAUAACUGGAUAAUUGAUCUCAUCUUAGAAUUAGCAACAUUCAUAAUGAGAAUAAAGACUACUUUUAAACACAGA